AUGUGUCGCGUCGUCACGCUCAUCUCCAUCAUCGUUGUCGCUGUAACGGCGGCACCAGCUCAAGAAGCACCAACUUUCGAAAGCUUCACUAACGAUGCUACACUUACGAAGUCCGGCGAAAUUGGAGGUGGCAAGAAGCCCGAUUUGGUCAAAGUGGGCGAAGUAGCUGAGUCCAUCUUAAAUCGACUUGGAAUCAACAUGAAGGAAGACAGAGGCGUCCGUAGGGCACCCGUCCCAAGCGCCCUCUAUCAGACCGAUGAUCUAAAUGCUGUCAUUGCGGAAGCAAAUGCAAACCGUGUCGAUUUGCAAGGAAUCGCGUCGGGUCAGAUUCCUGGCUUGGCACCGAUUCCAGUACCAGGAUAUCCAGGACCACAGGAUGUACCCGUUAUUCCGGGAGUGAACACAAUUCCUGGUCUCAGCAAUUUCAACUACUUGGUUGGGCAGCUCUUUCCUCAGAUGAUUCCACCAGCGAACACUCUUCUCGGAUCAUCAAUCAGUCGGAUCCUUCCGAAAGACUCGGCUAAGAAUCUAGCGAAGGACGUUUUUAGGGCCGUUCAUCCAGCCGCUGAAAACGUGGACGUCGCCAGAAUGAUGGGUCGAUGGUUCCAGGUGAUCAAUUCGCCUCAUGUGAUCCGUGAAGCUUGCUCAGUUCUUCACUUUGGUGCCCUGACGAACAACACCUAUUCGCCCUCAUUUACCACAUUGAAGUUCUACAGAGAAGGAAAUCCGAAUGGAUCACCAAGGUUUGCCCUCGGCUACGGAUUUAAAUCUGGAGAAACUGGACAGUUCGUGCUACACAGCAGUAACUCACCCGACGCAGAGCCAUUCUGGGUUAUCAAGAAAGGACCACUUAAUGAGUACAACCAGUAUGAUUAUGCUAUCAUCUCGACCCGGGUUCGAUUCCCAGUGUUCGUAUCAGCGAGCGUUGAUCAGCUGAACGAUUUCGUAAGGAGUAUGGAAAGAACGUAG